AACAUUUUCUGCUUCUCUCUAAUGUUAUUAUGCACAUAUGUGUAUGUACAUAACCGAGCUAUCCUGCUAUGGCAUUCUGCGUUAUGGUAUAAUACUGUAAUGUGUUUAUGUAUGUACAUCAAGAAAGAUUGAGUAAUAGUAAUAUUUGGUAAAUUGUACCGGUUUUACAUAAAUAUAGUUGAAGUCUUGAAGUCUAAUUUAUUUUGAGUGUUACAAUAAUUCAAAGUUGUCCAACAAUUGAAUGCUUAAAAUACAAACUUCUUGUUUAUUGAGUACUAAUAAACUAUCCAAAAAUGUCAUCCAUUCCUAGCAAACCACAAUCUAAAUUCUUCCCAGCCAUGAAAACACCUAUGCUACCGAAGGGGACUUUCAAAGGGAAAGUGGCUUUGGUAACUGGAGGUGGAACUGGUCUUGGGAAGGGAAUGGCGUUAAUGUUAUCUUCACUGGGCGCUUCAGUAGCAAUUUUGGGAAGACGUGCUAAUGUUCUCGAGAAAACUGCCUCCGAGCUUUCGUCAUCCACUGGUAACCGCGUCCUUGCUUUGAGUUGCGAUGUAAGGGACUCGGAUGCGGUCAAGACUACAAUCGACAAAAUCGAGUCCGAUAUUGGUCUUCCAACCGUAGUAAUUAACAACGCGGCUGGAAACUUUGUCUCUCCUGCAGAACGCCUGUCUCCAAAUGCAUGGAAAACCAUUGUCGAUAUCGUUUUAAAUGGUUCAGCAAAUAUUACCCUGGAUUUGGGGAAAAGACUAAUUAAGGCUGGACAAGGAGGAUCGUUCCUUGCAAUCACGACUACGUACACAUUCAGGGGCUCUGGAUUUGUGGCAUCCAGUGCCGCAGCUAAAUCUGGUGUGGAAAAUAUGAACAGGUCCUUAGCAAGUGAGUGGGGUCGAUACGGAAUCAGACUAAACUGCAUUGCACCAGGACCUAUCCAAACGGAGGGGGCUUUCAGUCGACUAGAUCCAACUGGAAGAUUUACAAAUAAUAUGCUUGAUAAACUGCCAAUCGGGCGACUUGGCGAAGUAGAAGAAAUUGCAAAUCUGGCGAGUUUUAUGCUGAGUGAUUACGCAUCGUGGAUGACAGGCGAGACCGUAGUACUUGAUGGAGGAGAGUUACCCUUUGCUGCUGGCGAAUUCAACCAGUUCAUUAAUACUACAAAUGAAGAGUGGGACUUUUUAGAAAAAACCAUUCGCGAAAGUAAUGCUAAACAGAAGAAAAAAUAAUGAUAGAAAUAACAUAACUAUUUCCAUAAUGCAUUGCAUUUGCAUACCGAUGUAUGCCGUAUGUAUGGGCGUAUUUAUAUUGUAUGUGAAUUUAAAAAUUACUUGAUUAAUGAGUAAUACAUAUAAAGAACCAGAGUCAAUUGAAUUGAAUAUA